AUGGCUCAAGAUAGACUAGACCUUCCUUUGAACUUUGAGUUUUGGCUGAAUAAGGCUGUUGCGUGGGGCCAGACCACCACUUUGGAAUCCCAGCAAGAUGUCUGCCUUCACCUGCCUCAAUUACAGAAGUUCCUGCAGCAGAUUUAUGAAACUUUGAAACAUAUGGAUUUUUCUAUGGCUAUUGACAGAUUUCCCUUAAUUGGUCAAUUGCUAGGAAGGCUUUGCUGGAAUCCUUUUGUCAUAGGAUAUGAUGAAAACCAGAAAAUUCUAAUGUGGUGCUUAUGUUGUCUCUACUGCAGUGAACCACAGAACUCUAUAGAGGUGGAAGCCAACAUCUGGAUAAGGAGUUUAUUAUGCCAUCUGCUUUCAUCAUUCAAACUUGGACUUAAUGAAGUUGGAACUGUUAUUCAAGCUCUUGGGUAUACAUCUCCAGAUUAUUAUCCUCAAUUGCUAAAAAAUAUGGUCUUAUCAUUAGUGACUGAACUCCGAGUGAAUCAUCUUAAUGGAUUUAGCAUUCAAAAAAUAAUUCCAGAGAGACAAAUAAAGGCCAUAUCCCUGCUCUGUGUCCCACUCCUCACUCUGCCAGAUAUCUUACCUCUGCUGGAGGCUCUGCUCACCUACCAUGGAAAUGAACCCAAGGAAAUUCUCAGUUUUGAGUUUUUAGAACGUGUAAAUGAAGCCUUUUUGCAGAAGAAGAUUGUCAUUUCUGAAUCAGCUAUAAUCUCCCUCUGGCUUCGUCACCUUCCCAGCCUGGAAAAAGCAACAUUGCAUCUUUUUGAAAAGUUAAUCUCUAGGCACAGAAAUAUUCCAGAGGAGAUAGAAGACUUUAUAAAAGAUUCAUUAUUGCCUCAAGCAGCCUGCCAUCCCAGCAUAUUCAGAAUUGUUGAUGAAAUUUUUAGGAUUGUACUACUGGAAACCAAUGGAAUGUCUGAAGUAUUGACUAUUAUACAAGUGUUUACCCAGUGCUUUGUUCAAGCCUUCCAGAAAGAUAACAAACAGCUGAAGUUUCCACUUAAGUCCUACUUCCCUUAUGCCUCUCCAUCUCUUAUCAUGAUAUUACUCCAAAACCCAAAAGAUUUACCACGUGGACUUUGGUGCCAGCACUUGAAUCACAUUUCAAAAAUACUCAAAAAAAUAGUUGAGGACCAGAGUACUCAAUCCUGUGGAAGUCCCUUUGAGCACUGGUUUUUAUUUAUUCAUUUUGGAGAAUGGGCUGAUAUUGCUGCUGAGGAAUUACUGAGAGCUGAAUCCCCCGAGGCCUUGCUGUGGCUCUUGGCUUUCUACUAUAACCCACAUGAUCAAAAUCAAGUGAGGAUUCAGACAAUGGUAGACGUGAGAGUAGUACAUGGGCAUAUCAUGAAACUUUUCAACAGAACUCCCCUCUCGGUGAAGGAUCUGCAGGCUGUGGCUGGCGAGAGCAAUGAGGAAGAUACAAGACACCCUUAUAUUCAACAAUUAACCAGGCACCUCCUUCUAAAUUUCCUGCUCUUCUCUGCUGAAGGACAUAAGAUUGCCCGAGAAUUCAUUAUCAUUCAAACUGAUGAAAUAAUCAAUGAAUUUUUGAAUCUCAUUGCCCGUGCUAAAUACAGAUGGAAUCGUCUUGGCAUGGAAACCCCCAGGACAGGAAAACUGGCAAGAGACCUCCUUCAAGAACUACAGUGUUACAGAACAAAAAAUGUAUUGUGAUCAUUUUAUUACUGUUGCCAUCAUUUUUUUGUAUGAAAGA